UCGGCAAAUUUUACUUUAUUACGGCAAAUCUCUAUUUCUCCAGACGUCGCUAAAAUUAAAAGUGUUAAAUAUCUAAGAAAAAGCUAUAAACAAUGGCUUACGAUUUAAAGAAAGAAUCCGAUGUCAAGGAGUACUUAGAUAAAUUGGGCGUCGAAUAUCGUUUUGGCUGUUAUUCGGAGAAGAAACCAGAGGUUUGUCAUCUCUUGGGCGAUUAUUUGGAGGGCAUAAAGAAGGACUUUGAAAAGGCGGCGAAAGUAUACAAAUCUACAUGUGACGAUUACGGUUAUGCGAAGUCCUGUUUCAAAUUCGGUAAUUACAGCUUCUUGGGUAAAGGCAAAAGCGGGAGCAAGGGUGAUCCGCGUAGUGCGUACACAUACUAUGAGAAAGGCUGUGAACUCAACGAUCCCGAUGCAUGUUUGCAUACAGGAUUGCUAUUGGUGUCGCGUUCCAUGCACAAAGAAAUCGACCGUAAUGUGCCCAAGGGCAUCGAAUACUUGUCGAAGAGCUGCGACAUGAAUAAUGCCACCGCCUGCUUCUACCUCUCUGGCAUGCAUAUUUCCGGCGUGCAAAAGAAACCGGAAGCGUCAACACAGGUUAGCACUACGGAUAUCAAAAAAGUCUCACCGAAAGACAGUGACUACAUUUUACAAAAGGAUAUGAAGAAGGCAUUCGAAUUUGCCUAUAAAGCUUGUGAACUACGUAAUAUGUACGCAUGCGCAAAUCUGAGCCAGAUGUAUGCGCGUGGCGAUGGCAUUGAAAAGAAUGAAAAGGAGGCGGAGAAAUAUAAGAAAAUGGCUCUGGAAAUGCAGGAUGAAGUGAAAAAACAACAACAGACGCUAGAGUUCCAACAGGGCAUGAAAAUGCCGAACUGAGCAAGUAGAAGAAGAAGCGAAGUAUGGAGUUAGUGGCGCUGGCAUAAAUUGUAACAAUUUAAAGCGCAACUAAGGGCUCCAAAAAAUAUAAAGACGUAAGCGGCUGCAAUAUUAAAAACACAAAAUUUGUUUUUAUUAAAACAAAAAUCAAUUUUUUUUGUAUGCAUAACAAGUUGCGUGAAUGUUCGCUUAAAAAGGAACAUAGUUUUUCGUUAAAUUUGAAAAAUUACUUGUAAGUAGUCGGUAAAUUAGUUAGACGCCAUGGCAGAAAAAUAAUAUUCAAGAGAGACUAACUGCUUGCUUUUUGAUAUUUUCUAAUGUUGCUUUUUAAGCAAAUUUAAUUGUUUAAGUUAAAGUUAAUUUAAUGUUCUUGUGCAUGUUAAUUGAAAAAGAAGGAAUAUGAAAAGCAAACGAAAAUUUAACGACGCAAGUGGAAAGCGGAGAAUGUACAUGGAAAGGAUUGACUAAUUUUUAGGUUAUAAUAAAUGAGUACAGUUAACUUUGUAACUUAUUUAAAUUUUUAAACAAAUG